GGACGUGUUUGCUCGUCCACACCGCACCAGCAGCCCAAACACCAGUGUCCGCGGGGGCGCGAUAAAAACGCCGGAUCAGGUAUCGAAUGUAAAAAUGUCUGGGUCUGGAAGAUUGCAAGAUUUGUGAUGCAGGUUUUCCAUGACCCAUGAGGUCUGGAAUGCGAAACCCAGCAUGACAGAUUCUUUGAGGUCUCUAUCAUGCCUCUCCUGCAUGAGAAACUCCCUCUCAACUUGGUCAGAAGCGGACAGCUUUUGGCACUCACGCAGCACAGAUUUUUGCAUCAUUCAGAUUUAGCAUUACAAGUUCUAAUCUUCCAGACCCAGACAUUUUUGCAAUCCAUAUCAGGAGCAGAGGGAGCAGCAGCUGAUCCAGGACAAGCGACUUGCCAGGUUCAGGCAAGAAUGGGAAGAGAAUAAUAGUACCACCACCGGCGCGGCCCAAGUCGACCACAUGGUGGAACAAGCAGCGGCGGCGCAACUACAACAAGCCGUGCAGGACCAUGAGCAGCAGCUUGUGGAGAGGAAGAUCCUGGACAACGUGGCCGCGUCGCAGGCAGAAUUUCCUUUUGACCCCGUAACCGCCCCGGAGGUGCUCGCAGCACGAGCCGCCGAGAAUCCUGCGAAUUUUGGAAAAACAGUCGGGGUGCUGCUCUCCUCCCAUGAUGGCGGAAAACGCUCGCGACGAGAAAUGCCCCGCGAGGACCACGCGAACAAACCUUACAACCAGGAUAUUGCAAGGAAAAAUCCCCCCUCCCCAUAUUUAAAACAUGUCGCCCUGAAAAUUUGUGAUGCAGAUUUGUGACCACAAAUCCGGCCUGUCUUGCCAGAAGGCAAAUCCAGAGAGUCCGCCGCGAUUACAUGCAGGCGGUUUGUAAUGCUGCAAGGCCUACAGGGCAGACGUCUGCCAUCGACUAGGUCCCUACACCAAAAGGGCCCCCCUUGGGCUUGCGAUCUGUGUGCAAUGCUUUCCUGCAAGACAAAUGUGAUUUGUGUACACAAAUCCCGCAUCACAGAUUUCCGUUUUGAUAUGGGGAGGGGGGGGUUUUUCAUUGUGAUACAGGAGAGCGGCCAAAGUUUUCCGCGGGUUCUCAGCCUCGCGCGGGUGGGCGCUGCCGGCGGGGGAAGAGCAGGAGAGGGGUCCGGUGAGGAUCAUGCUGAGGCAGGACUACAACAAGAGCUGCAACAGCAGCACACUAGAGUAGAACAAGAUCACGCAUCGCUUUCGUUCGAUGAUGUGUUUUCGGUCGUUGUCAACCGCAGACCGGAGCAAGAAGCGCAGGCCCUCGACGAGGAGAAUAAUCGGGGAGCAAACACGACUAUCGCUGCCGCCAAAGGUGCAGCUCACGCACCGCCGCCAAGAGCGAUGCAAGAUCCGAUCUUGCCGGACGCACUGCAGCGGGAUGGCAGCGCGGCGGCGGGACAGGACGGGGCAGGCGGAACUGCUUCUGGGGGUCCGACCAGUAGCACCGCCAACCAGGGGGCGCAGACGCAGACGAUGCCUGUAGUGCCUCCGCCGGUCGUGCCGCCAGAGACUGGAGAGGAACAGGAGGUGGGUCCUAGAUCAACAUCUCCAGGUCCAGAGGGCUCCUUGCGCAUCCAUGCCAUCAUUGGCGGGCCCGACGCGACGCACGAUGCGUAUCCGAUGCAGAAAAAAUAGUACAACACCCAUAAUUGUACCAGAAAAAUAAAUAGACUUGUGCUGCGGAUUUUAAUGUGAUCUUUAAGAAACACCUCAAUUCAUUUUUUUUUUGCUGGUACAACUAAUGGGUGUAGUACUACAACAAUUUUUCCGUUUCACAACAUUACCGGCCAGCGUAUUCACAGCUCCCCUAUUAUUCCCGAAGCAGAUAGUGGCGGUCAGUCAAUAGAGGGGCACGACCAAGGUCCUCGUGAUAGUGGUUCAUCUUCUGGACGCAGAAGUGGUGGCAGUGGUGGACCAGGG